UUAUGAUAAUACGACGGCCAUAAAGUAUAAUGUGAGGGCAAAACAGCAAUAAAAAAGUUUAAUUAUAGCAAUUCGUAAGUUGUCCUACAACACAGCGCUUCGUCGGCCCUGGUACCGCCAUCUCGGCCCAUCGAUUUUAUUUAUGCGGCAUUACUCAUAAUGAUUCCCAACAGUUAACACAUGGAUUAAAUUUGAAAUUUGGUUUAGUUUUUUUUUUUUAAUUUUAAAAUCGUUUCGAACAUGUCAAACAAAGUGGCCAGUAAGAAAUGGAUAAGUGAGGAGACCAAUGAAGAAGAGGAACUAUUCAACCAUUGUAGGGAAAUGCAAAUGGUUUGUUAUGCCAUAACAAAAGUGAUAUUAGAUGCAGAUAACAAAUGGAGAGGCUCACCUGGCAAAACUAGUGUGUAUUCCCUGUCUAAUAGGAGUUACAUCAUGGAGUUGGUGAAUAUACAGGUUUUAGAUCAAAUAAUCGAAUAUCUCGCGAAGCUUGUGAAAUCAUUCUACAAACUAAACCCGCGACUGGCCCGUUUGAAGAAAGUCAACGAGUUGGUGCAAAGCAAGCACGACCACGUGUUUGCCUCGCUGUGCCGCGCAAGGUUCGUGAUGCUGCAGGCCAUGCUUGCGCUGGUCACCACCAUACUCAACACCUGUCUGCACAGGGACGACUCCCGCAAGAUGAUAGAGUCUUGCUUGAGCUUGAUCGCCAUUUACAACCACCUGCUAGGGCUGAGCUAUAAGGCGUUCGCGGCCAAAUUUAGCAUCUGCAGUAACGCGUACCCCACUACCAUCAGCGAGACCAGGACUGUCACGCUCACCAAGAUCGUCCAGAUUCUAGCUAAAAGUCGCGCGGAAGUGAACUGCCAUCGGCUGAUCAACUGCCUGGUGAAGGUCUACAAGCCUGGGACCAGCUCCGAUGAUACCAGCUCCAGCGCCGGCGACAGCUUGGAGAUCUACCACACACUAACCAAACACAUAACGCCGCCGACAUCGACAAUGUCCCGCGAGCUAACCGUAGAGAAACGUCGGGAGGCCUUCAUCGAACACAAAAAGGCAAAGAUGAAGCAAGCACAAAGUAUGGUGGAGGCUAAGAACGAGCAAAACCGAAGGCUCAGCCAAGCUAUGAUUGGUCAGAAUUCCGAUUGUGACGUCGAGUACACUUCGUUACUCACCAAUGAAUGUGUUUUGGAUGUUGUUAAUACUGAAGAAAACGUGAAUGCUAUACUUCAGAGCGAAGAAAAAUAUAUAGAAAUCCUUCUGGAUACAGUAGCUAACAUGGCGCCGAGUUUGUUAGGCGCGAACGGCGUUCGAAAGCUCAAGUCGGGUCGCAUCCAAGCCAGCAAGAAAGCAGCACAUAAAGUCACCGAAUACUAUCAGAACAUUUUGUGGGGCGACGUGGGCAGUUGUCUCGAACAUAUAGUGCUGUGGUGGUCUGCCUUCCCGCUGGCUACAAGAUCGCCGAACACUAGUCAGAACCUUCGAGAAUGGCUCUUCAGCACUUUCAGUGUCAAUAAUACACCGGAGUUGGUGUUGUCAGCGCUCAGAAUACUGGCCGAUGCCUUGGGGUGCCACGUGACUUCUACCUCCUGGGAUAAACUUUUCGGUGCGACAUUGACAACCAAUUUAAAAGUGACGUCACUAAAAACUCAUCCGGAUCUAUCGCUCUACGUAACUGAAUGUACAGCAUCAGGCGCGAGCUUCGCACUGAUGCUGCAGCAGCUGGUGACGCUGAACAACCAGUGCGAGGUCACGUGGGAGUACAUCCUCGGUGCGCCGAUUGAGGACCUGCCGAUUGUGGAGCAGAUACCGAUCCUGCACAGACUGGAUCACUCAAUUCACACAUACCGUUUGUGGUGCCUAGCGGAGACGCGGCGUCUAGCUAAUCUGUGGGACAUGGAUGAUUUCUUCCGCGUGGCUCACAACGACAUGCAACUGUGUAUGGAGCAGCUUGUCAACCUAAGGUUCGCGGACCAUAGCAUCGCUAUAGAGUCAGGUCAAAUCGGUGUGCACGAAAAUGUUUGUGCAAAAAUGAGAGAGAAGCUAGUCUCUGAAGUCAAGGUCAACAUCCAAAAAUUAAAAGAAGCGACGGAGGAGAUAGUGGGCGUGGUGUCGAGCGUGUGCGCCACCACCAGCCUGGCGCACCUCACCAUGGUGUUCCCGAGCGGCGCCGUGUGGCGGCGAGUGGGGGCGCCGCCGCAACCCUCGCACUCUCUCUACGUCCGCGAGUUCCUUGAUAAGAUGUUGCUGCCGGUGGUAAAAGCGACGGCUGACGUCACGACGCUGAACAUGGUGCUCCGGAUCAUGUGCGAGUCUUGGCUGCACCACAUAUACGUCGCUAAAGUCAAGUUUAGCAAAGACGCAGCUGUGCAGCUGUUAGCCGACUUCAACGAAGUGAGGGUGUGGCUGGACGAUUGCAAGCAGCUACCUGCCGCGGCCAGGAAGCAGAUGUUGCAGAAUGAAGUGUUGAGACGCUGCGAAGGCGUGGGGCGGCUUUUGCUUCACGCGCCCGGGGACCUGCUGGCCAUGCAGGACUCCACCUCGCAACUCGCCAGGAGACAAGAGGAGUCCGCGGAACAGCUGAUGCCAGCAGAGAUGUACGUCCCGAACCAGAAGCAAUGGCUGACACUCCGCGCCAAUACUUUCAGAGGGCCCCUCGCCUUCACGCUCUGUUGCAUUGUGCUAUGUUGAGAAUAAAAUCUGACACUUGUGUUAGCAAUUAACACACACAAAAAGAAAGAAUGUUGAACAUAAAGUUAUUUACAUACA